UAUAAAACACAAAAAUAAAGUAUUAUUAAGUGUUCAUCUAAAUUUCAACUACCAUCUCUCUCUCUCUCUCUCUCUCCAUUUUCCCCCACAAUUUUCAUCAUUCUCCCGCACCUUCCCAUAUGAACUCGAACGCUAUGGUGAUCAUUCUGAUGGGCGUCUGCGGUUCUGGAAAAUCGACAAUUGGUGAGAUGCUUGGCAAAGCCUUGGAUUUCACUUUUCUCGAUGCUGAUCAUUUUCACCCAAUCUCUAACAAAGAAAAAAUGUCGAAAGGAAUCCCUCUAUCGGACGAAGAUCGAAUGCCAUGGCUCGAGAAGAUUCGAGAUACAUUGAGAGAGAACAUAGCAUGUAAAAGUAGUGUAGUUCUUGGUUGUUCAGCUCUACAAAAACACUACAGAGAGAUUUUGAGAUCAAGUGAUCCAAAUUAUGAAAAAGUGGGAAUAACAAUGAAGUGUGUGGUGAAGUUUGUUCUAUUGGAUGCUCCAGCUGAAGUGAUUGCUUUAAGAUUAGAGAAAAGAGCCAAAGAAGGGAACCAUUUCAUGCCUUCUGCUCUUUUGAAAUCCCAAUUGGAUUUGUUGCAAAUUGAAGAUACUGAAGUACGAAACUUAGCUACAAGUGGAAUCAAGGCUGAUGAUGGCAGUUAUGAGAGUACUACUGUUUAGUCGACAAAAUAAUACUAUAUACAAACUAUACAUUCGAACUACAGGCUCGACAGACACGUAAAGAAUAUAACUAACUGAUCUUUACAUCGUAAGCAUCAGCUUCAAGCAUUCUUGUAAGCUUUAUCAGAAAUGGCAAAGUGAUUGGCGGAAGAUUCAAGUUUCAGCAACCUUGCUGACAAUUACAGAAGCAUAUUUGGCGAUUAUAGACUCUGGGGAUUGCCGAAGCUGCCCGAUCACUGGAAAUAGCUUUGAUGAAAGAAGGAACUGUCGGCACGGUGUGUGUGCGCACAUCUUUGCCAAGGAAAACAAGGCUAUCUUGAGAGGAGACUCAUUAGCUGCAUCUUUUCUGCUUGGAUUCAAGGCUACUGCCGAACAGUCAGCCACCAACUUUAACAAAGCCUGUAUACACAUAUAUAUACACAACUUUACGGGUCAACAAGAGAAAUGAGUGCAACUAUAAGUCUGAAAUGACAAUAUCUAUCAGUAAACCAGAUUAUUGAUAUAUAAGAAUUUCAUUUUUACAAAAUUC